UCCUAUUUUGAAACACUCCUGCACUCGACCGCCACUCUCGAACUGCUCGACGGUCGAAGGCAGAAACCCUCGCAAUCGCUUUCCUUCCACACUCCUUCCUCCUCUUCCUCCUCUUCAUCGUCAUCAAGCGGCAGUUGGGGCUGCAGGUGGAGGAGAAAGAGUCUCUAGAAUCACUCCACGAAGCCCUCGCUGCGACCCUUCAAAUCCGGAUCUUCUCUCGGAUUAGCCGGAAACUCGAUUCUCUGUGUGAAAUCAUGUUUUAGUUUCUCCCUUGCUUCCUAUCCUGGUGUUGGGAAAUGCAAUGGGUUUUCAGAGUAAACUGCAUACGAGAUUGGAUUCUAAAAUUUGGCAAAGGCCAGAGCAGCACGAGGAAGGUAUAGUGAUGGCAGACCUGUGGCGACACCACCAUCAUCACCCAGCGGUGGAUGAUGUGAUGAAGGUCUUGAGCAAGGCAAGCCAAGAACUUAUCCUCGUGCAGUGCCAGCUCGACCAGGAGUUCCAACAAUCGUACCCAGACGGCGUUAAUCCGUGCAAGAUUGUUGCUCGGAUCAAGAAGAUCCAGGAGGACUUGGUUUCACUGAAGGAACUCUGCCGUGAGCUUCUUGCUGAAAAGCAGGAUUUAAUUGACAAAGCAAGAACAGUUUUGGCUGGGCAAAGACAUUCACUGCAGCUGUUAUUGUCUUCUUCUGGUCUGCCAUCCCUGAAGGAAUCUGAUGACAUUGCAUACUCAAAUUUGAACCAGGUAAUUGAUGAAUGGACAAGUCAAGUGAGAGCAAAGAUUGGUGAUGAGAAUGGCACUGAUGAGGACAUAAAUCAGAUGCUUUUUUCCGCACUUGUUCAAGAUAACUGAGGACAUAAACCAAGAGCUGAGAAGCACUUUGCUAACAUUUUUUCUGUGUGGAUGGAUGAUGUAUUUUCAUGCUCUGAAACUUGGAAUGCUUGUACCCAGUUGACUUACUAGUCAGUAAAGCCUAGCUCUUGGCAAACAUAACUUGUUUCUGCAGUAAAGUGUAUCACUCAUAAUCACCUUUUUGCCUUGUAGUUUGUCAUAUUUGAGUUUA